GAGAGAAUAUAAGGGGGACUGUAUCAACAUGUCUCCCUCUUUCCUGGCUCCCCUCAUCCUUACUGUGCUUGGGGUGCAGAUCACUUGCUCCAAUGGAAACCCUGAAACAAUUUCUGAACAAUGUGCAAAGCCGACAGGACCAGGAAUCAAUUCAUUAUCUCCGAACAAAGAUUUGUAUGAUCAGGGGGAAUCUGUAACAGUGACCUGUGCCCCCAGAUAUCAGUCUGUAUCUGAUGUAAUUAGAUGUAGGAAGAGCAGAACCCACAGUAACUGGAAUGUGCCAAAUCCCUGUUUUGUUUUCCAGCUAAAUGUGACACUUGUCACUCCCACCAGCAUCUCCCUCCAAUGGAAAUGUGACCCUGGGCCCUGCCAAUCACACUGGCGCAUUGGUGUUUCCUAUGAGGCAGUGAGACAAAACCUUGGCAAGAGACGGAGAUUCCCAGAGACAGAGGGAGUGACGAUCAGUAAGUUACAGCCCUACACUGAGUAUUACAUCACUAUCUCUGGGCACACUUUGUGGAAAGAGACAGAACUGAGAAGAAUCAUCAGGACAAAGGAAUCAGCUCCAGGGAAACCAGAUUUCACUCAGUAUCCGAGUAUUAAUAAUAAUAAAAAUAAUAAUAAUACACUGAAAUGGCGACUGUCAGAGACACACGGAGUCCUUAUUGGGUACCAGCUGAACAUCUCGGCCAAGAGAGAAUACAGCUGGUUCUUUGAUAAAAUAGAAUCUCAUUGGCUGAGACCCAACGUGACAGAGUUUAAUAUGGAGCUCAAACAUGGAACCAACUACACUGUGACUCUCCAAGGCUUCACUUCAGCUGGACCUGGGGAACCUGCAGUCUGGACUCAUGAGACUCCUAUAGCAGACCAGUGUCUCCUGUCACAGAUAAAUGGAAUAAACAGGACUGGGGUAGAACAGGAAUAUUAUGAUCCAGAGGAAUCAGUGACAGUGAGGUGUAUGGAGGGAUAUUACCCUACGAGAGUGAAAAUAAGAUGUAUGAGGAAUGUGAGGAUCGUCAUGUGGAAUAAUAGUGCUCCCUGCACAGAGCAAUGCAAGAAAUCUGACCUCUCCAGGGAUCCAAAUGUGCAGCUUGUUCCACCCCAAGAUUAUUAUCCCCCCAACAUGGUGGUGUCUGUGAGGUGCCCACUGGGAUAUAAACCCUUCUGGGACACAAUUACAUGUAAAUCUGUACAAUAUAACUAUAUGUGGAGAGUUCACUGUGAGGAACAAUGUGCAAAGCCGACAGGACCAGGAAUCAAUUCAUUAUCUCCGAACAAAGAUUUCUAUGAUCUGGGGGAAUCUGUAACAGUGACCUGUGCCCCCAGAUAUCAGUCUGUAUCUGAUGUAAUUAGAUGUUGGAGUAAUGGAAUCCACAAUUACUGGAAUGCGUCAGAUCCCUGUAUUGCUUUCCAGCUAAAUGUGACACUUGUCACUCCCACCAGCAUCUCCCUCCAAUGGGAAUGUGGCCCUGGGCCCUGCCAAUCAUACUGGCACAUUGGUGUUUCCUAUGUUACAGUGGGACAAAGCAGGAGUCAGAUAUUCCCAGAGACAGAGGGAGUGACACUCAGUGAGUUACAGCCCUACACUGAGUAUUACAUCACUAUCUCUGGCUACAAAGGAGGAAAACGGACAGAACUGGUGAGAAGAACCAUCAGGACAGAGGAAUCAGCUCCAGGGAAACCAGAUUUCACUCAGUAUCCGAGUAUUAUUAAUAAUAAAAAAAAAAAUACAAUAAAAUGGGGAUUGUCAGAGACACACGGAGUCCUUACUGGGUACCAGGUAACGAGAUUGUUCUGCUCCCGCUCAUGGUCCUCCAAGCAAGGUGGUAAGAAGCGCUUCGGUGGUAAUUGGAGGAGCUGA